UGCCUGCAGAUCGGGCUCGCCUGCGUCAGGCACUGCACGGCGGCUCCAUCAACCUGCAUCCAUAUCAAGCCUGUAGUCAGGAGGCUGGGCCUGGGAUUUGUGUCUCUGGAAAGUCUUGGGUCCUAAGGUGUGUGGGGGACCCCUAAUCCCAGCAGUCCUUGUGGUCUAGGCACUUCCUCAGUCCUGGAAACCCCAGCGCCUGCCUGAGGAGGCCCUGUGGCCAGAGGAUUGAGUUACAGCCUGGUGGCUCCCCAAGAGAAGGGCAGGGUGAGUCUUACUUUACAGACAAAAGUGACAGUGACCCAUUGCUGAGAUGGCAUACCUGCUCUGCUGCUUACAAUGUGCUAGGGGUGGAACCCAGACUUCAAACCACUGGGCUUGAAAAGAAAAGAAGGCCAGGCAAUGGUGGUGCACUCCUUUAAUCCUAGCACUUGGGAGGUAGAGGCAGCCAGGUCUCUGAAUUCCUCAGUGAGUUCCAGCACAGCCAGUAUGAUUACAUAGAGGACACCCCCCCCCAAAAAAAAAAAAAAAAAAACUUGAUGUCACUUCCCCAUAAGCAGGCCUGUUAUGUCUAGAUUUCUAUUAUCUGAAACAAAGCCAUAUGCUCUUGAACUGCACUUAAAGGGUUCCCUGCCAGUCUUAACCAGUCAUAAAAGACAAGCAGUUUGUAAAGGAAGGAGGCUGGGGAGUUGGGGACAGGAUAGGGACUGUUGCCCAGCCAUUACAAUGCACUUCUUGCCACUGUUACUAAGAUGGUAAGAGUGGCUGGGUGGUGGUGGUUGCACGCCUUUAAUUCCAGAACUUGGAGGUAGAGGCAGGUGGAGCUCCGUGAGUUCUAGGCCAGCCUGGUCUACAGAGCGAGUUCCAGGAUAGCAAGGACUACACAGAAACCCUGUCUCCAAAAACAAAAAAAGAAAAAAAAGAUAACUGCGAGUGCAAGAUGUGGUGGUCUCUAGUCCCAGCACUCUGAGGCAGAGGCAGGCUAAUUUUGGUGAGUUCAAGCCCAGCUUGGUCUACAAAGUGACCUCUCAGUCCCGGAGGUGAGAACCAGAGGAUCAGAAGUUCAAAGCCACCCUCAGCUGUAAUGAGCUUCAGGCCAUCUGGGCCUUGUGAGACCCUGCUCACAAGAAGAAAAAGGAGUGGGGGUGGCAUAGCACAUGUCUUUAAUCCCUGAGCUCAGAGCACCUAAGGCUACAUAGUGAACCCUGCUCUUCAGGCCAUCCUCUGUUACAUACGACCUGAAGCACCUGGCCAAGCUCAGGCAUGGGAGUUCAUUCCAGGCCCCGAGUGGUGGAAGGAGAGACCUGACCCCUGCAAGACCAUGGGUUCAUUGCAGUGCUAAAGAAAAAAAUUGUUAAGACCAGGAAAGGAGCACUGGGGAUUUGAUCGCUGGGCUCCAGUUGCUGCCCCCAGAGACAGGGUGGUGGUGUCUGACUUCAGAGACAAUGGAAACCACCCAGAGCAGGGGAGGAGCUGGUGCUUGUGCUAGAUGGGCGGGACUCGGAAGGCCACCUGUCCUCACAGGAAGAGAAAGUGGGGAGGCCCCCACCCUCCAGGAACCAUAAGUCUUGCACCAGGAUGGAGGUCCACCAGUCCCUGCUGCUCUUGCUGGCCCUGGAUACACUGUGGGCAGCAGGCAACACAUCGGAGACCCACAUCAUUGGGGGUCGAGAGGCAGCCCCACAUUCCCGCCCAUACAUGGCCUCUUUACAGAAAGCCGGAUCCCAUGUGUGUGGGGGGGUCCUCGUGCAUCCAAAGUGGGUGUUGACUGCUGCCCACUGCCUGCCUGAGUCGCUACAGCAGCUAAAGCUGGUGCUCGGCCUGCACCACCUCCAAGACCUUCGAGACCCAGGCCUCACCUUCCACAUCAAGGCAGCCAUCAAGCACCCUGGUUACAACCGCAACCUUGAAAAUGACCUGGCGCUGCUAAAGGUGCAGGAUGGAGGGGCUGAGGGGCUGCCGUGGCCUGGUUUCCCUCAGCCACUCACUGGCCCUCCUGCAGUCUCUUCUGGACUAGUCAUCUGGGCCCAGAGCAAAGGCCCUAGGGGAGAAAGGAGAGGGAGAAAAUGGAAAGGAAGACAAGGGUGCACUUGUGGCCCCUGGUCCCUGAGACAGGCACAGAAGCUGACCUGUGUUCCUCACUUCCCACAGGGUGACUCUGGAGGGCCUCUGGUAUGUGGCAAAGGCCAGGUGGAUGGAAUCCUGUCUUUCAGCUCUAAAAACUGCACAGACAUCUUCAAGCCCCCUGUGGCCACCGCUGUGGCCCCCUACAGUCCCUGGAUCAGGAAGGUCAUCCAUCGCUGACCACACCAGCCUUGGGCCUGAUGUUCCAGAUGACCUCAACACUUACCGGCCUGGGUGGGAAAGGGUUAGACGUGCCUCUGGGGACCAAUAAAUCAUGAUGAGUCUGUUUCACCCA